GUGCCACCAAGCAGCAACAAAAUUCAACACGUGUGCGCUGUUUUUGGCUUAGUUCUCUUCCCUUACAACAUUUGUCAAAACCCAAAGCUUAAGCUUUCUCUUUGUAUUUUGUUCCUCCUACAUUAUUAUAUAAUAUAUACACAGAUAUAAAAAUAAAAAUAAAAAUGGGGUCUAUGAUGAGUUCACAGAAAAGCAAAGAAGAGAUGGAAGCAGCAUUGAAUAAGGCUAAGGACAUAGUAUCCUCCUUCCCUGUCAUUGUCUUCAGUAAGACUUACUGUGGCUACUGCAAGAGGGUGAAAGAGCUCUUGACACAGCUUGGAGCAUCCUACAAGGUCAUUGAAUUGGACACAGAAAGUGAUGGGAGUGAUAUACAGUCAGCUUUAGCUGAGUGGACAAAGCAAAGGACGGUGCCCAACGUGUUUAUUGGAGGAAAGCACAUUGGUGGUUGUGACGCUGUUAUGGAGAAACAGAAAGCAGAUGAAUUGGUUCCACUUCUCAAAGAUGUUGGAGCCAUCGCUAAUAACUCUGCUCAACUCUAAAUAUCAUAGAAUCUUUUCUUAAAUAAGAUGAAAUAAGGAGAAAACUACAUGCUACAAUUUCUACCAAUACUUUGUUUUAAUUAUCAUUAUCAUCAUGGAAGUGGUUUAUUCUCAUAUUUUUAAAAAAAGUUAUGUAUCAGGACUUAAUGGAAUGAUUAUUCAUCAAAUAUAACUAAUAAUUAAAUAA